UAUAAUAUUGAAACCUGCAUUCGUGGAAGGCUUGUAUCGACGCGCGUUAAAACAAUGUGAAUGUUAUAAUGUGGCGUGGCGCCGCACGUUUGCGUCUGGCCGAGUGACUGGCGUGGCCGCGUGGGUAUGCCGUAUGAGUUACAACUUACUUACGAUGGUUUACGUCGACGCUCGACAGUCGACACUCGACGCCCGUGUUUCGUUCGCGUUUGCGCUGCACUCCCUACUCUAAUGACGCAACUAUCAGUAGUGCUUGCUCGAGCUGUUCGCUAUUGUAUCGUUUCGUUUGGGUUGGGUAUUCCUUACGCGCGGCAAUCCAAGUGCCGGGCGUCGUCGCAACUCGCAAGUCGCAACCGCAUCGCUCAUUCCGAUUUUAACCAACGUCAGAAUCGGUCGCCGGUUUCGUGCUAUUUUUAUAAACACGUGGCUCAGUGAAUUCUACGUAUUAUAUAUAACCUUAUUAUACGACAACUUAUGUUGGCGGUAGCCGCAGAUACAAGAAGACAGAGAUAGUCAAUAAUUUGAGUCUACAAUGGCUAAUGACUCCAAUGGCGUUGCGCCACCUCCCCAGGAACUUCAAACGUUCCUUCCGCAGGAUGAGAAGUCCAAAGAAAAGGAAGUAAGGAAAUACAGUUUGGCGAAAGAUGCAGAAUCAGGUGACUUUGAUCCCUUUGCAGAGAGACAAGUGGAAAAUCCGACCUCGAAUAUGGAUACUCUUACACAUCUCCUGAAAGCUUCUCUCGGUACUGGUAUUUUGGCAAUGCCUAAAGCAUUCAAAUGUGCUGGACUCGUUUCUGGAAUAUUCUUCACAAUACUAGUGGCCGUCGUAUGCACACACUGCGCCUAUGUUCUUAUUAAGUGUGCGCAUGUGCUUUACAAAAAAACAAAAAAGUGCACUAUGAGUUUUCCAGAGGUAGCCGAAGCGUCUCUAGAAAAUGGACCGCAGUGGGGGAGAAGAUGGGCGAAUACAUUUAGGAUAUUUAUUCUUGUCAGUCUCUUUAUGACGUACUUUGGUACUUGCUCCGUAUACACUGUACUGAUUGCUAAAAAUAUAUUACAGGUGGUACAACACUAUUUGCCAGAGAGCAAUAGUAUCGAGAUCCGUAUAGUUAUUUUAAUACUGCUCCCACCAAUAAUAUUUAUGGUUUGGAUUCGAAAUUUGAAAUAUCUCGCCCCUGUAUCUAUGAUAGCUAAUUUGUUUAUGGGGCUUGGUCUCGGAAUAACAAUAUUCUUCUUGGUGACUGCAAAUUUGGACUUAAGCAAAGUAUCUAUGAUUAAACCACCAAGGGAAUGGCCCGAAUUCUUUUCGCUGACUAUAUUUGCUAUGGAGGCAAUUGGUGUUGUUAUGCCGCUGGAAAAUUCCAUGAAGACACCUCGCUCGAUGCUUGGUUUCUGUGGUGUAUUGAACAGAGGAAUGUCUGGAGUGACUUUGGUCUACAUACUUCUGGGUUUCUUUGGCUACUUAGGAUUUGGGGAAGCCGUGGAAGACUCGAUCACUCUCAAUUUAAAACCACGGCCUGGUGACCCAAUGGUUUAUGAAAUCCUUGCCCAAAUUGUGAAAAUAAGCAUAGCGAUUGCUGUAUACUGCACCUUCGGACUACAGUUCUUCGUGUGCGUUGAGAUAAUGUGGAACGGCAUCAAGGACAAGUUCACUAAGAGACCAGAUUUGGCUGACUAUGUUACACGGACUAUCUUAGCCACUGCAUGUGUUAUGUUGGCUGUAGCAGUUCCAACUAUUGGACCAUUCAUGGGAGUCAUAGGUGCAUUCUGUUUCUCUAUUCUUGGAUUAAUAGCACCGGCGUUUAUAGAAGUAAUUACUUACUGGAACAUCGGCUUUGGUCCCUACAAUUAUCUAAUCUGGAAAAACGUACUCGUCUUAAUGUUUGGUCUGUUUGCACUUGUAUUUGGUACCAUAGAUGCUAUUACAAGCAUUAUGAGGGAAAUUUCAUAAUUAUGUAAAUCUAAAUUUUAAUGUGUGAUAAUUGAUACUAUUAGCUAAUUGUUUUUAUUAGAACAUUUAUAUUGAGGUAAUUAUAAUGUAAUGAGCGCUUUUAUAUAAUUAGUAGCUGAAUGACAAUUAUUCUUUUUAAAUCAUGAUUCCGCUUUGUUGCGCUGAGCGUAGUUUACAUUCGCAUGUUUACUAGGAAUUGUGUGUUUAAUGUGUGGUUAUUUCAAAAUCAUUCCCAAAUAUAUGUACAAAAGGUUAUGUGCUGAGGAACUGAAUAUGCUGGUCGUAUUUAUAAAAUGGAUACAAAACAAAAUUUAUGCACUUCCAUCUUUAAUACGAUUAAUAAUUGGUUUAUAUUUAGGCGAAUAAACAGGUUACACUUUCAGUUUACCGGAAAUAAACGUAGUUUUCCAAUUAUAGAGCAUAAUGCUACUCAAUGCCGCCUAUGUGUGCUGAUGCCUUAUUGGAACGUGAUUUAGUUCUCAAAUGCACCAGCAGAGUGCGUGUGUUGAAAAUAAAAUAUUCAUAGAGUUAGCAACCUAAGUAAAUAAUAAGAUGGUGUCUUCUUCUUUUUCAUAUGUUCAUUUCCACGAAAACAUUUAUUGCCUGCUUCAUUGAAUGAUUCGAUCAAGCCAUUGCAAUAUUGACAAAACUAUAUUUAAAAUAAAUUUUAUUAUACUUUAGAGUUCAUGAAAUUGUAUUCACAUUUUAAAUGAGGAAUAUAAAAAAAUAGUCAAUGCUUGUACCUUCAUCCAUACUUACAUUUAUUGUGAAUAACAAAGUCUGUAUUAACUUUCUUUCCUAUUAUUUCCAAAAAACUACGUAACGAAAGAUUUAAAAAAAUUUUUCAACAUUAAACAAUAUUACUAACGAUAAUAAAUAAAAUUUCGAUCAAUGGAGUAAUAGAAAAAACACUUGUUAUUUUUUCUGCCACUGAGUUGGUCUAUCUAUUGCACGCAUCACGCGAAAGCAGUACUUUUGAGAGUUCUCGAUGGUGCGAAGCGUUGCUAUAAUUGGAAAACUACCAAAAUUACUUUGCGAUGAACAUAAUAUGUUACAGAUAUAACUUUGGUACGUAUUUUUGCCAAAACUAUUUUAUCCUGGUACUUAAAAGAUCGGUUUAAUAUUAAUUAUAUUACCGUUAAACUUAUGAUAAAAUUUGCUUUAAGUAUUUUCAUUUAUGAAUUUAUUACGCAUUUUAAAAUUCCUAUAUAGAAUAUAAUUUAAGUAUAGGUAGCAGUAUCAAUAGUCCUAAUAUAAAAGAAAAUUAUCUAUUCAACAUAAUUACGCGAAAUUAUACUUAAGUAUAUUAUAAUAAUAUGCUUAUAAGAAUGAGUUUAAUGAGGAAACACGCAUUUACGCGAUAGCUAACAGGAAAAGGGUAUAUUCUGUCAUUUGAGCAGAUUUAUAUACUUAAUACUAAUAAUUGUUAGAUAGAUGUUUUGAUAUCAUGCAAAUCAGAAGUGGCCUUAAUUUUUAAAAUAGCUUAAGGUACAAUCAAUUUGCCAGAAUCUAGUUUUAUAAAAUGAUCAAUAUACACUUUUAUAGAUAAAUUUACUUAAGGAUAAUCGAUGAUAAUAUAUAUUAUGUAAUUUUCCUUUAUGACAAAAUACCUAUUAGGAACAAGUAAUACUGGUGCCUUCACAUUCAUAUAUAUAAUAAUGUUUUCUAUACACGUACUUAUAAGAAAAUUGUGUUUUACUGUCAAAUAUUUUAUAAAUGUCACAUUGUAUUUUUAUAGGAAAAGCCUCAGAGCGCCAUAUUUAAGCUUCUAUUUAUGCCGGGUGCACAUAUAUGAAUAUAUAUAUAUAACUAUGAAUGAGAAGGAAGAGCAUUCGUUCACCGUUGUUUUUAUAUGUGGACAAGGUUUAUUCUUAGCCCUAUUACGGUACCUAGCUUUAGUAAAGCGUUGAUAAAAUCCUCUGAUAAAAGUAUAUGUAAAUGCAGUAAUUAUGUUCGUUUACAGCGAUGCAGUGGGAAGACUUAAUAUAGUAAAUAUUAUAUUGCCUCUUCAUAUAUAGAUAAACGAAUCACUAGACUAUACCUAUGUUUUAUAUUAUGCACGUUGUUAUAAUAAUUUAAUAUGCAUUGUAUAAGUAACUUUAUUUAAUACAAAAUUGGUUAUAAUUUUU